CGCCUCAUAGCCCCCGUCACCCGCCGCCUCCGCUGUCGUCGUCCUCCCGUUCUUCUUCCUCCUUCUCCUCAGGCGGCUCGCGGACCAGGAUGCUGCUGCGGGGCUCCGGGCCGCUUCCCGCGGUUCUCUCCCUCCUCCUGGCCGCGGCGGGGAGCCUUUUUCCGACGCCGGCCGACGCGCAGAACGCUGGGUUUGUCAAGUCGCCCAUGUCAGAAACUAAACUCACGGGGGACGCCUUUGAGCUGUACUGUGACGUGGUUGGGAACCCCACUCCAGAGAUCCAGUGGUGGUAUGCUGAAGUCAACCGGGCUGAAUCUUUCAAACAGCUAUGGGAUGGUGCUCGUAAGCGCCGUGUCACCAUUAACACUGCCUACGGGGUGAAUGGCGUGAGCGUGCUGAGAAUUACUCGCCUUACCUUGGAAGACUCUGGGACUUACGAGUGCAGGGCAAGCAACGAUCCUAGAAGGAAUGACUUGAGGCAAAAUCCUGCCAUAACGUGGAUACGAGCCCAGGCUACCAUAAGCGUCCUUCAGAAGCCCAGGAUCAAUGCCACUAAUGAGGUGACCAUUAUAUCAUCACCUUCACCUCCCAUCACACUACAGUGCAACCUCACUUCAAGUCCCAGCCCCCUCAGUUACAGUUACUGGGUGAAAAAUGGUGAAGAGAUUUCAGGCACUAGAAAGCCUACAGAUGCUUCUACAGAGUACAAAAUCCCGAAGCCCAGGCCAGAUGAUUCAGGGGAAUACUUGUGUGUGUUUGCAUUCACUGGCUCCCCUGUAGCUAAUGCCACUAUAGAAGUGAAAGCCGCUCCUGAUAUUACUGGGCACAAGCGAAGUGAGAACAAGAAUGAAGGGCAGGAAGCAAUGAUGUAUUGCAAAUCUGUUGGCUACCCACACCCUGAAUGGAUGUGGUAUAAGAAGGUCAAUGGGUUUUCUGUGGCGAUCGACAACUCUUCCGGCCGCUUCUUCAUUCUAGUUAAAGAUAACUACACCGAACUGAGCAUCGUGAAUCUUCAGAUCAAUGAGGAUCCUGGCGUGUACGAAUGCAACGCAACCAACUCGAUUGGCUCUAUGGCUGAACUGACCAUCCUGCGUGUCCGCAGCCACUUGGCUCCUUUAUGGCCCUUCCUGGGAAUUCUGGCAGAAAUAAUCAUUCUUGUUGUUAUCAUUGUGGUUUAUGAGAAGAGGAAGCGGCCAGAUGAGGUUCCUGACGAUGAUGAACCAGCUGGGCCAAUGAAAACAAACUCCACAAACAAUCACAAAGACAAAAAUCUACGCCAGAGAAACACAAAUUAAAGUAAUGCUUAUAGCUUUUAAGUUUGAGAGACUGAUGAAAAUAUCACCUGCUAAAGUGAAUAAUUGGAAUGGUUGGUUUUCACACUCCACUCCUAUCUCUGAUGUUUUUCUUUCAAGUGAGCAACAAAUGACUGUCUAAAGCAUGCCUUAUUUAGCCUCUCCUAUAAGGAUGACCUAGCCGAUACAUUUAAUAAUGCUUCAGUAUAGAGGGUGUAAACUAUUUGGAGCUUGAUGUGCUGUGAAUGUUGCUUUUCCCCCUUCUUCUUCUUCUUCUUCUUCUUCGAGAAUAUUAAGUAUUUCAAGUAAAAAUUCCAAUCGUGCAUGCAGCAUUUUUUACUUCCUCAGUGUAGCUGUUAAAACUAGUAAAGCUCCAACAUGCACUGCUGCCAUCUAGUGAUAACUUUUGUAAAGUACAGCAAAACCUAAAAUAUAUACAGUAUAUAUUUAUAUUUUUGGGGAGGGGAAACCAAACUACAGUAAAUGUUUGAUUUUUAAGCUGCUAAAUCCAUUCCUUAUAUUGUAUGCCUGAGAGCUGAAAGAAUUAUGUCCAGUAUGUAAGAGGAGUAAUAUAAAUCAAAAUUUAUCCUAAGGGCUUAAUCUAUAUAGAAAGACUUAGAUAUAUAAUCAAAGAUUGCAAGAACUGGGAUAGUCCAAUAGGUGAUGAUGAAACACAGUAAGACACUGUAGUUUAUAAAUAUUAUGAUUUCUUUUUAAGUGAUUUUGUUUUUGUUAAAUCAUGUAAAUUUCUCAUUCUUUUGCACUGAUGUGUUCACAUUCUUGUACAUUCAAUUCAGGCUGAAUUUUAUAAUUUCCUUUUUUUGUUUUGUUUUAAUGAUGUUGAAAUGUUAUGGCAUGGUGAUACUCUAUGCAACAGGUUUGUUUCAGUUUGACAUUAAUUUUUCAUGUUGAUUUUAAAGACUGUAGAAUCACAGAUAUAACAGGGUUCUUAGAUCAUGGCGUACCUGUAGAUGCAUGAAUUUGUGGUGUGUGUACUUGUUGAAGUGCAAUGAUGUGUAUAAAAAGUGGAUUCACCUGUUUUUAAAAAAUAAAACACUGACAAAA